AACAGGAUCGUGGUAAGUUUUGUGCGCUCAGUCAGACAAAUGCAUACACAUUUUGUGAGAGAGGCGUUUAAGCUGAGAUUUCAAGCCCGUGUUGUGUAUCGACGAACCUGCUAACGAAUAUGCACACAGGUCGCUAAGCAAUGCAGAUCAGUUGAUGCUGGCAGUGCACAGUCAGUUUCACAUCGGAACGCUUCGGUGCGUGCGGUAGUGUUGUGCGAUAAAAUCAAAAAUCGUAGAAAUCGAGUAAAUAAAAUAUUACUUGCGGCUUCUAAACGCCGGCAAUACCAAAUAGUUGACUAGUUUUUGUAGUGCUAUGUCUGCAACAACAAGCAGUGGCGCAAGCAGCGCGAGUGAUAGUUCUGUAACGGAUGGUGAUACGAGUUUUAAAUUUGCCAAUAAAACAUUGCAAGACUAUGAAGUUAUAUCGGUGAUUGGCAACGGCACCUUUGGUACGUGCUUCAAAGUGCGCGAUAAGCAAACGGGCGAGCUAUACGCAUGGAAGGGCAUUGACUAUGAUGAGUUGAGUGAGUCUAAGAAGGCCUCUUUGGUGUCCGAGAUACGUGUGUUGCGCCAACUGCAACAUCCGAAUAUUGUGGAAUACUAUCAUCAUUUGGUUAAUCAUGAGGCCAAGUCGAUAUUUAUUGUCAUGGAGUGUUGUGAAGGUGGCGAUCUGGCGCAGCUUAUAAAGCGUGCGCGUGAUGAACGUAAACGUUUCGAAGAGCGUUACAUAUGGCGUGUGCUCUUUCAGGUCUGUAAAGCGUUGCAGGUGUGUCACAACAAGAUAAGGAAGGGCACGAUACUACAUCGUGAUAUCAAACCGGCAAAUAUAUUUUUGGACGCGCAAGGCAAUGCUAAGCUGGGAGACUUCGGUUUGGCGCGUAUGUUACGCAAAAAUCAGGAUUUUGCUGCCACUUUCGUUGGCACACCCUACUACAUGAGUCCGGAGAUUGUAAGAGGAUCGCGGUAUGAUCGCAAAUCGGAUGUUUGGGCGGUGGGUUGCCUCGCAUACGAAAUGUGUGCUCUACGCACGCCCUUUCAGGCGGCAAAGUUCGAUGAGCUUACCUUGAAUAUUUCCAAUGGCAAGUUCAAUCACAUACCGGCCGUGUACUCCAGCGAUCUGCAGGAGAUCAUCGCUUAUAUGCUGUCCGUGGAUAGUGAACUGCGCCCCAGCAUUGAAGUGAUAACGCGUCAUCCGACCGUUGUGCGCAAUAUAACCGAAUUGGGCAAUGAAUUUCCAACACUAAUAAAAGCGGAGUCAGAUUUAUUUGAAGUCGAUGAAAUCACCACAGCACGUUGCAAACUGCAAUAUAGCCCUUCCAUAGACCUUUCCAGCACUAUGUAUACGGAGCGCAAUAGCUUCAAUGAGGAAUACGGGCAACGUCGGUUGAGUGUUGCAUUUACACCUGAUUUGCGCGCCGAACUGUUUUCAUCCGCGACACGGCAUUUGAAGCCUAAAUCUAUCUUUCACCGAUCCGAUCCUGAACUCUAUGAAAGCAUUCAACACGAACUCUAUACAAGCGUACAUAAUCUGACACCACUGCGACCGCCAGUACCACCGCCGAAGCCAACCUCACAUGCGCGCACGUCGGCUAACAUUUCUGUGGACGAGCUCAAGAGCCCCACGCUGAUUACGGAGGAUGUCUUUAAUGAGGCGUUGCAAGCACGUCUGCAUGCCAUACGCGCGCACGAGUCGCUGUUGGAACAUAAAGAGCAUUGCCUGAAUAUGCGCACGCAAGAAUUAAACGACCGAGAGAAACGCCUUCAGCAGUUGGAAAGCGCAUUGCAUAAACGUGAGCUUGAAUUGUUGGCAAAAGAGAAGACCUUGGCCGCCGACGUUUUGCAAGCAGCCGCGCGCCGAAAUGAUAACGCACGUUCGCCAUCACCUCCCCCCAUACCGCCACGUAAAUCCAGCGUUAGCAAACAUGAUGAGACCUAUUGCAGCAUAGAAGAUACACAGCUGGAAUCACCGACAAUUGCAAAACUCAAUAUGCCAUUAACCAAGUCGUAUCCAGCUCUGCGUCGUGUUACAUUUCAAUCGCCACAGAAGUUUACAAACUACAGCAUCGAUACUAACGCCAACGACGGCGCGCAAGCGCAGAAGCUUGCAACCGGCAAAGUGAACGCUAAACGGCAACCCACGGAACUUCAAGCCAGUGUUUCAAGUAAAGACAGUCGUGAAUCAAUUGAUAGCGGCAUCGCGGCUAACUCGACAACUACAACAUUAACAACAACAACAACCGUGCCCAUACGACGUCGUUCGAUAUUGUCGGCACUUUUCGGUAUACAUCGCAGCAGCAAAGACAAUACAAAGUCAGGCAGCAAUCAUAUAAAAAAUAAUGUCGAGAAUAAUAAAGCCAACCAACAACCCAUAGCUAGCUCACCAACACCCAAAGUGCGUAUGCCAUUUGCGCCGCGCCCCGAUCAAGUGAUAGCCAAAUGCGAAACAUCAGAGCUGAGCAAUAUAUGGACUAAGGAGCAUAAACGCGCUGCUUUUGACCUCUUGGCCGCCAUGAAUGCCGGUCAGUGUGGCACAAUUGAUGCAACCCAAUCAAACAUGGUACAAUAUAAUGGUUCCUCAGCGCAUGCUGCCACCAAUAAUAUGACAAUUGGACGUCAGAAAUUGAGACAGUCAACACGUGAACGUCACAGCGCCACUUUGCGGCGCCACAACCACAUGCGGCGUUCGUUAAUGAUGCCGCCUCAGUCGCUCGCACAUGUUACAGCGGCCAGUGCCGGUGCUUUGGUGACCAGUACACGUAGCGGUGUGGGUAGCAGGGAGAAAAUGCUUGUUUAGAGUAUCGUAAUAGCUGUUUUAAAUUAAUGUUUUGGAAAUUUUUUAAUAAUUAAUGCUUCGUUUCACCGCUUACCGUUAAGAUAAAAAUAUUACUGCUUCCAAGUACUGCCAUUGCUUGACUACUUAUGUCUAAGCCCUAUACCAUAUGCCAUAAAAAUAUUUUCCUAUAUAUUAAUAUUGUAUUUUCCUAUGAUUAGUGAUUAUUUAACUUGUUAGUUCAGCUAGUUGGGGCUGAUGUUAGUAGUAAUUAUGUAGGUGUGACCUUUGUCUUUGAGAUUAAAAAAAAAAUGUUUUUAUGUUUGUAUUUGUAAUUUAUAAAAUAUUUAAUUGUUAAUAAAUACAGACUUUCAGCUUCUAAACGCAUAUAA